UCACCCCCAUUGGCCUUUUGGAAAGAUACUCUCAAUGGCUAUAUAUGGAAAUCCGCAAGCAUUGAGAAAAAUUUCGAAAUCCUAGAAAUCCUAAGAAACUGAAAAGGAAGAAAGCAUGGAAGCAAUGAUGGAGUGAGUUUUCAAAAAGGAGUAAAACUGGUGGAGCAUGUAUCGUUCCACCAAUAAUACCCCCUGGUUCUCUAAAACUCCAUCAAGACAUUCAGAGAGAGAGAGAAAGAGAGAGAGAGAGAGAGAGAUAGAGCAAACCCAGAAGCCAUUCUUCAUAUCAUCAAUUUCUCCUCCUCUGUCUCUGGGUUCUUGUAGCUGUUCUUCCCUUCCUAUCCCUUAAUUGGCACUGAGUCUUUCUUUUCUGUAAGAUAGUCUUGCCUUUGUAUAUAAAAUGAUCCUCAACCUUUUUCCUUACAAGGAAGGGUAAAAACACCCAGAAUGAGAUUGUGACAUAAAUAAGAAAUUAAAAAGAAGAAAGAAAAGUGGGAUUGCAUUUGCUUAUUUCUUAUGGUAUAAUGGUGUUGGUUUGAGACUUUGAAAUUCGUUGGGGGUUUAAUCUUGAGAGUAACAAGACUUGCAUGGGCAAACAAGGGCCUUGUUGUCACUGUGGCACUACAAGCACUCCACUUUGGAGGAAUGGACCACCAGGAAAGCCAGUGUUGUGCAAUGCCUGUGGAUCGAGAUGGAGGACAAAGGGCACACUUGAAAACUAUACUCCACUACAUGCCCGUACUUUCCAACCUCUUGAUACUGAGGACUCCAGUGAUGCUCAGGAGUGUAAAGUACCAUUAAGGACAAAGAAGAAAAAUUUAUGUAUGAAAGCCGAUAAUGUAGUUGACAUGGAAAGGCGAGAGAAGUUUGCAGGAUAUGAUCCGUGUCCAACAGGUUUUGAAGAUGAUACAAGCAACAGAUCUAGUUCAGGGUCUGCAAUAUCAUGCUCUGAGAGCUGUGUUCAGUUAGGUAGCAUGGGGGGGAAUGAGAUCUCAGUCCAGUUCAAUUUUUUGGAUUCCUAUAUUCCUUCAAAAAAGAGAUCAAGGACAAGACAUCACAGCCCGUCACCUGUUGAGAAGCUCAGAAGGAACCUUGUUGAUAUUCUACAGGAGCAAGAACCAUCCUCUGUUGCUGCAUUUUCAGAAGAGGUGCUCAUUUUUGAAAAGGAAGAUCUAAGUUUUUCUGCUGAGAUAGGUCUGGGGGGUGUUCUACUUAAGCCCUCAGUAUCUUUCACCAUGGAGGAAUCUGAAGCAAGCUCACUUGUCAUAGAAAGCAAUGCUUCUUGCUUGAAUAGCAGAUGUGUUGAAUCAUUGUCUCUACAGUCCCAAAGUAGUGAAUUUAGUAACAGUCAAGAAAGUGACAGAUUAAUUCAGGAAACUGGGGAUGCGGAGGAGUUGAAACUAAAUGUUGCAACACAAAGGACUCUCAGAAAUGAAUAUUCGAGGAACACUCUUCAUAGAAAUCCUGAUUUCCUGCAAAAUACACAUUCUCCUCAUAAGCAAAUAAGUUGGAAGUCUCAAAACGUUGAAAGCUUUAUGCCUAAGGAAGAAAUGCCUGAAAUCUCGUCUUGUUCAUCUCGUCUCAUUGGAGGUGGAAUGUCACUACCUGCUAAGAUAAAUCCAGUUCUUCCAUAUCUCCCAACAUCUGGAGGGCCAAAGUAUUGGUAAUAUACAUGUUGAAUCUCCAGGUCCAAGUUUUGACACCAUUGAAGGCUUUAAAAAACCGAAAGAACAGAUAUUACUACAGAAUCCUCCUUCAAGCACAACCAUGUCUGCUUUCUCCAUUGGAAGAUUUUGCAGUAUACUUCCCCUGACUGAAUUUUGAGUUAAAACUUCUGAUAAGGACAUACAGAUGAGAGCACAUCCUGGAAACAAUUUUCCUGUUGGUAGACUUCCUAGCACUUCAUCUCUUAAAAAAGAAGCCAAUGACAGAAACAAAAUCAGUUGCUGAGACAAACCAGUACCCAAACAACAGAAACAUAUACUGAAAGCAUUUAUACUUCUCUUGUAGUGGCAUAUGAAUUUCUCUAAGCAGGAACUUCCGCGGGAUAUUGACUAAGUGGAUCAUGGCAAUCAUUUACCUGUGGCUUAGAUUUCUAUCUGGAUUUAUUUAAUGUGAUCCAAUUUGUAAUAUCCUGAUCCUUUUUCUUUUGUUUGCAUGAUGAAGGUUCUAUCAUUCAGAUUGCAGCCCUAGGUGGGCACUGUUGUAAUAAAAGCCAUGAACAUAGAUCUAGCGUUUUCGAAAUGGGCACCAUAUGCAAGCAGGUUAUCUUUUUUGUAUGCCUGCAUUUUGGAA